AUGGAGUUCAGAACAAAAGGAGGAGAAAGCGUACGCGAACCAGAUUCUACUUUGAUGGUAGCUUAUGCAAUGUCCAUCACGGAAUCUCCUCCAAUUCCUUCGACUCUCCCGUUUCUCAAGAACAAAGCUUUCUAUGCCCAACAGAUCCGGUCUUCUGCAGCAUCCAAGGAUCCAAGCCAGGCCAAGAGACUCCACGAGGAAAUCCUUGGGACUCAUCUCUGGGACAAUCGCUACAUCAGCAAUCUCCUCAUCGAGAUGUAUGGAAAGUGUGGAAGCGUGGACAGAGCACUUGACGUGUUUCAUAGGAUCCCUCUGCCAAACUCCUUCUCGUGGAACAUCAUGAUAGCCGCAUACAUCCAGAACGGGCAGCUCCAAGAAGCUGAGAAGAUGUUUGCAAGAAUGCCGGUUAAGAACGUUGUCUCGUGGAAUGCGAUGGUAACGGCAUAUGCUCAUUUUGGGCAGAUGGAGCAAGCGGUUGAAACUUUUGAAAGCAUGCCCGAGAAGGACACAACGUCCUACAACGCAAUGCUUACGGCAUUAACAGAGAGAGGCGAAAUGAGAAAAGUGGAAGAGUUCUUUGAGAAAAUCCCACACAAAGAUCCGGUGUCUUGGAGUAUAAUUGUUACUGCUUAUGCCCAAGCUGGGCAUAUGGGAAAAGCUCUGGAGUUUCUUGAGAGAAUGCCGGGGGUGUGUGUCUUCGCCUGGAACGCUCUCCUGUCGGGCUACACAAUCCAUGGAAGGAUUGACGAUGCGAAAAAAUUGUUUGAGAGAAUGCCACAGCGCGACUCUGUGUCAUGGAACACUCUCAUGUCGGCAUACGCUCAGCUUGGUCGAUUUGCCGAGGCCAAGUCUCUGUUUGAUCGGACUCCACAGCGCAACCUCGUCUCGUGGAACAUUAUGAUCAAUGCGUAUGCAGUGAAUCGCCAGCCUCACGAAGCACACCGCGUUCUGGAUCGAAUGCCGAGAAAAGACUCUACCUCGUGGAACGCAGUGAUGGGAGCCUAUGCACAGAAUGGCCUCCCGGAAGAAGCCAAGCUCAUAUUUGAUAGAAUGCCGUCCAAAAACUCCAUCUCCUGGACGAUCAUGGUGGUGGCCUACGCGAAAUCCGGCAACGUAGAACUCGCGAGGAGUUUCUUCGACAAAAUCUCUCACCGAAACUUGGUCUGCUGGAACACGAUGAUCACGGCAUACUCCCAGCACGGACAAGCCCGGCAAGCCUUCACUCUACUGGGAUCCAUGGAUUUGGAUGGCACCAAACCCGACAAUAUCACUCUUGUCGCAGUCUUGGACGCCUGUGCCAGUUCCAACGCGUUGUCGGACGGUCGGAUGGUCCACGACAUGGCGGCAAGCGACAACGGUCUGCUAGAUCCUGUCGUGGAGAGCGCGCUCAUCAACAUGUACUCCCGCUGUGGCUGCCUGGGAGAAGCCCGACAGGUGUUUGAGAGCUCGGUGGAUCGAGACGUGGUGGUGUGGACAACAAUGGUGACGGCCUAUGCGCAAAGCGGGCAUACCAAGGAGACGAUCGAGCUCUUCCUGGCGAUGCCAUGCCGGAAAACUCGAUGUAGCAUUGGAGUUCUUCGUGACAAUGGUUGGAGAUUUCGGUACCUCGGCUCAGAGGGAUCACUACAGCAUCAUGGUCGAUCUGCUGGGACGAUCCGGGAGGACGGCAGAGGCGCGAGAGCUCAUGGAUUCUAUGCCAUGCGAGCCUGA